AUGAAAAGAGAAGAAAUUAAAGAUUAUAAUGAUAAAUAUUUAAAAAUUAAAGAUUCCAUUCAUACCUUGGACAAUUAUGAUCAUUGUGAAGAAACAUAUUCAACAGUUUCAACAAUUAUUGGUUUCAUUAGAAAUUGUUCAAAAUCAUUUGAAAGAAAUAUUGAAGAUGCAAUUCUCUUAGUUGGUCCAACUGGCUCUGGAAAGACUACUUUAACAAAUUAUUUUGAAUUAUUGGAUAGUGAUUUUAUUAUUAAUGAAAAUGAAGAAUUAAAAUUGGGUGAAAAUUCGAAAGGCUUUGAAAUUGGUGAUGGAAGUGGUUCUAAAACAUUAAUUACAAAUUUAAAAAUAACCAAUUUUGGCAAUCUUUUGGAUUUGGCUGGUGAUGCUGAUUCCGGUGGAGAAAUAGUUGAUUUAAUUAAUGGUUUAAUUAAAUCAAAUAUCAAAAUCAAAAAGUCAAAAUUUUAA